CUGUUACGUAAAUCACAUGAUAUGUGACUAUCAUAUAUAUUAGAGGUUAAGAUGCAGGGACGAUGAUUUUAUGGGGUUUCACGAUAAAUCACAAAAGUACAAUUCAUAACAUGCAGGCUGCGUUAUUUACGAUAAAAUUUAUGAAAAAAAGCGCCACAAAAAAUCUUUGUGUAGUAUUACACCGCAUCACACCCAUUUUUACAGCUUACAGUAUUUUGUCAAAUGUAACGUGGUGUACUAUCAUGUUUACUAUCAUUUUCAUUUUCCAUGAAAUUCUUAUGUUAUUUGUUUUAUUUGUUCGUAUAAGAUAAAACUUUACCAGGGAAAAAUUUUAGUUCUUGUUUGUGAUGCAGGCUGAGUGAUUUUUAUUUUUGUGUUUAUAUUACGCUCUCACAUUAUAUC